AUGAAGAAGACCAAUUUAAACUCAAUCAACGACUUGCGCCAAGCCACCGACGAGAACUUGUCCUCAGUGUUGUCAGAGUUCGGGUAUGACGAAUCGUUCUUGUUAGUAGACACCAAGUUGGCGCUUGGAUACCUGACGGUUAUAAUAGCUGGUUUGUUGUAUUACCUUGACAAGAAGUACAGCUUCCAGGAAUUGUACUACGUCAACUUGGUUGCAGUCGUGGUGUACUUCCUUAUUAGUGGAGCAUUGUUGUUGAUCAACAGAAGAAACAAGGACGUGAAAUACGUGGGCAAGACCAGCAAGGGCGAGAAGAUAGUCAUUUCUGGUUGGACUGACAAGUUCGCUCCGGAAUAUAACAUAAGAGUUGUUGUGAACGGCAACGAGAAGAACGCUGCGCAGACUGCGUUGGAGUUCAAGAGCUUUUUCGAUAUCAUUGGAUACUUCAACAGAGAUGAGUUUGCCAAGUUGUUAAAGGUGGAAAUCGAGAAGGCCGGCAAAAAGAGUAUCUAA